AUGGAAACUGAUGCUCUCCAAGGAAACUCUUCAUCGUCUCACAGCUCAGUGAACACCAAGUUCCUCUCACAGACUGGCUACACAGUACUAGCCAUUAUCAUGGGUGUAUUUUCUGUAGCAGGGAUCAUCCUCAAUGUCCUUGUGAUCGUGGUGACAGUGAAAUACAGACAGCUAAGGCAGCCACUCAGCUACGCCCUGGUUAACCUGGCCAUAUGUGACCUGGGCUGUGCUGUGUUUGGAGGGCUGCCCACCACAGUAACCAGUGCCAUGGGAUACUUCAGCCUGGGACGUGUGGGCUGCGUGUUAGAGGGUUUUGCUGUUUCCUUUUUUGGUAUAGCAAGUCUGUGUACAGUAGGAGUUAUUUCUGUUGAACGCUACAUAGUAGUGUGUUAUCCCAUGGGUGCUGUCCUCUUCCAGACCAGACAUGCAGUGGCUGGAGUGGUGCUGUCCUGGGUGUGGUCAUUUGUGUGGAACACUCCACCUCUGUUUGGUUGGGGAAGUUAUGAGCUAGAGGGGGUAAAGACUUCAUGUGCCCCUAACUGGUACAGUCGUGAUGUCGGGAACAUGUCCUACAUCAUCAUAUACUUUUGCCUUUGCUUUGCUGUGCCCUUCUCCAUCAUCAUGGUGUCCUACUCACGACUCUUGUGGACCCUUCGUCAGGUGACCAAACUGCAGGUGUCUGAGGCUGGCAGCACAAAUCGUGUUGAGGCGCAGGUGGCGCGUAUGGUAGUGGUGAUGGUGUUGGCCUUCCUAGUCACCUGGCUACCAUAUGCUGGCAUGGCCUUAGCUGUCAUCAUAGACCCCAGUCUAUAUAUUGACCCUGUUAUUGCUACCAUCCCUGUUUAUUUGGCUAAAAGCAGCACACUCUACAAUCCCAUCAUAUAUGUUUUCAUGAACAGACAGUUUCGAGGAUACGCUGUUCCUACUGUCCUGUGUGGAUGGAACCCCUGGGCCUCAGAUGCACAAAUGUCUGAGGGUGAGACCACUGUUGUCACUCUCAACAAGGGCCAAAAAGUCUCACCUAAAGAAUCUUUAAAAGAAUAA